AUGGCUUCUCUGCCGAGACUGGUAGUCCUUGCGGGUCUGUUCAGCCUGACUGGGACCCAAAUUCGGGUGCGGCUAAUGGCCAGCAGCGUGCACGACCUCGCCGAACCUGAUUUCUCUACCUUCUCUGUCGAAAGCAAAGCCCAGAGCUCGUUCACUGAGAUCUCUGGUGUCAAUUUUAAUCUCUGCACCGGAUGCUUCUUACCUAGAGGCGAUUACUACAAGUAUCAGUAUACGCGGACGGUCUCGCACGUGGGCGAACAGGUCGUAAACCGGGGCACCACCACGUCUGCAAGGCAGAAGAUGACAGCGUCAUGUCUUCUUGGAGAGCGCCCGCCGACGUUGAGAAUCCGACGUAUAAUCUCUACCUGGGAACGGAUCCAGAGGACCCGGCCGGAUCCAGUGAGGGCUGACAGAGACGACCGCGCUUUUUGGAGGUAUGACUCUGUUCUUUGGCCGCUCCAGCAGCACUCACAACGGGAAGAUCUGAACAAAAUUGACACGUAUUACUGGCGUGUUGACGUUGUCGAUGGAGAGACCACAUACACUGGUCACAUAUUCAUCUUCCGUCUAGCCCACCUGGCGUUCCCUGACGCCGAGGGGUACGGGCGAUUCGCUCGUGGCGGCCGUAGGGGCAAAGUGGUCAAAGUCACCAGCCUUGAAGACACCGAAGACCUUGGAAGCCUAAGAUAUGCUCUCACUAUCGAGACGAGCCCACGAAUUGUCGUCUUUGACGUCGGCGGUGUCAUCACCACGACUUCUCCUCCCACCGUGACCGACGACCAUGUCACGCUAGCCGGUCAGACAGCCCCUGGCAAGGGACACCAGAACUACCCUCAGGGCACGGCUCACGGGUAUGCGGCGACUGUUGGCGGUGAUGUUGCUAGCGUGCACCACAAUCUGAUUGCGCAUGCUGAAGGAAGGAGCUCGCUCGAGUAUGGGAGGUGA